UAACCGGACAGAGAAACAUUUACAUUUCUUGGAUUUGACAUCGACAAAGAUACUGGAAAUCUUGUUGAUAAGCAGACCGAAACAGUUCUAGAGGAGCAAUAAUGCAUCAAAAAUUGUACAAAGGCUUGAUAAGAAAUAAAGCUCCUUUGCAAAGAUUUUGACGAACUAGAGAGACACGAGAAGAUCAUGAAGUUAUGCAAGGUCAUGGGUAUUGACAUGGAACAUGAUCCGGAUGAUACAUAUGAACUAACAACAGACAACGUUAAGAAGAUGUUAGCCAUCUAUAUGAGAUUUAGGUGUGACAUUCCUGUGAUAAUAAUGGGGGAAACAGGGUGUGGUAAAACAAGAUUAAUUAAAUUCAUGUGUGCUCUACAAAUGCCACCAGGACUUCAACCAACUAAUAUGAUAUUAGUGAAGGUUCACGGAGGAACAACAUAUGAUGACAUUAAAAGGGAAGUAGCAGAAGCCGAAAGAAUAGCACAGGAAAAUACAGAAAAAUAUGAGCACAUAUGUUCACAAAUCCGAGACGAUUUGCUGCCUGAUGUACCUAAAUUGAUCAAAGUAGUUAGUGACAUCUUGACGGCCUCUCAGUACUAUAUGAGAGAACAAAAGGAUGAAUGCAGUUUCGUGUCGUUGCGCGAUGUGGACAGGGUUCUUUCUAUGAUGAGUUGGUUUUACGCUCAAAGUCAAGGUGAAAGGACUCUUUACAAACUCAUGGACAAGAAAUUUGAUGGUGAUGAUCAGGUCGACGAUUUAACCCGCUCCUUGAUUCUUGCACUGGGAGUGUGUUACCACGCCUGUUUAAGAAAAAGAAAAGGCUAUCGCCACUAUAUAGCACACUUUUUUCGACAGCCAUGUGAAUUAACAAAUGGAGGAGACCAAAUUAAAAAUGAAAUUGAAUG